AUGCUCGGGCAGACGCAUCCAACUACCGCCAUGUCCGUGGACGUCUCGUCGCUCCUGCACUUCAAGGACACCCUGUCGUCGUCGGCAGCCUCGUCGCCCAGCAUGAGCAGCAUCCGUCUCUGCACAUACCCCCACUGCGACAAGAAGGUGCGCUCGAAAGGUCUCUGCAAGGCGCACGGCGGCGGUCUCCGCUGCAUGGUCGCGGGCUGCAUGCGCUCGAGCCAAGGCAAAGGCUACUGCAUCCGCCACGGCGGUGGCAAGCGCUGCUCGAUCGCCGACUGCAACCGGUCGUCGCAGAGCAACGGGCUCUGCAAGUCCCACGGCGGCGGCCUUCGUUGCCAAAUUCCCCACUGCAAUAAGAGCAGUCAGGGCGGCGGCUUUUGCCGCAUGCACGGCGGCGGCCACCGGUGCCGGACGCCCGGAUGCGACAAGGGCGCCCAGCGCAACGGUCUUUGCGCAAGCCACGGCGGCAACCGCAUGUGCCAGUUUGACGGUUGCAAGAAGAACGACCGCGGCGGCGGCUUCUGCGCAGAGCACGGUGGCGGUCGCCGAUGCUCGGUCGACGAUUGCAACCGCCCCGCGCGCAAGCAAGGUAUGUGCUCCAACCAUUUUCCGGCGCCUGUCGCAGCCGUUCGCAUCCCCAACGCCGUCUACGACGCCGACGGCCUCAACGUCCACGCGUCGCUGAAGAAGGAACAGACAGACCGCGUCCUCGCCGAGAUCCCGCAGAGCGCGUUCGAGCCGUACGUGGACGUGUACGAGCAAACGUCGAGCGGGUGCUUCAAGGCCGAAGCGACGCAUUUCGAGUACUACGAGCCGCUCAAGCAGCAGCAGCAUCAACAACAACAAGAGCACAUGGACUAUACUACGGGCAACAACAUGCACGCCAUGUACCAGCAAUACGACGAGCCGCCGCGUAUGGAGCUCCUCCAGCAACAACAGGCGUACGCACCGUAUCCUGAACACACAAUGUAUGCGCAAGCGACCGUGUACCAGCUCCAGCCGCUCGACCGGUACGCGCCGGUGGGUAUGCCCGAGAAUUACCACCACCUCCAGCACCAAGACCCGCGGGGGUUGUAUUAGCCACGUUAUUUAAAAUAUACCCUAACCCUAGAAUCAAAGCCCCUUUUGCGCGCA